CCUCAGCUAGGCCACAUCUGGAGAGCUGGGGUGGGGGGUAUAACAUCGCAAAAUACCUGGCCUGGUCACUCUUCCCUAUUUGGGCAACAAGGAAACUAGCCUUUGGGCUAAGAACACGACACCUGAGACAAAGGCCAGCAGAAACAUUCGUUUUCCCUCACCCCUUCUGCCCCGGCUUCAACCUGCUCACCACUGGCCCUCCCACUGAGGUCCAUGCCGCAUGUCAUCUCACGAACACCCAGGAUGGCCCAGAGUGGGCAUCCUUCAGGUUUGUCUGCAGACAAGAAUAUCUCUUCAAGGGUCACCCGAGUGAUAGUGAAGACAGCAGGCAAGCAGGAAGACUUUAUAAUAGCGGAUGACACCUCAGUGAGGCAAUUCAAGGAGAAGCUAUCUGCUCACUUCAAGUGCCAGAUGGACCAACUUGUGCUGGUCUUCAUGGGCCGCCUUCUUAAGGACCACGAUACGCUGAGCCAGAGGGGCAUCCUAGAUGGCCACACCAUUCACUUGGUCAUAAAGUCCAAAUGCAGCUCCAGAUCCCUAGCCCAUUCCUCCCAGAACCUGCUGACCAAAGAGCCCAGCCACCAGGACAGAAACACCAAAGGAAACAGCAACGGGGUAUACCAACCUGCCAGUGUGAGUCACACCACAGUGGAAUCAUCCCUCCUUGUGGAACCUGAUGCACCCAAAGUGCAGAGCCAGGACCUAGAAGUAGGUAGUCCAGAGUACAUAGCCCAGAUGCUACAGAAUCCUAGUGUCCAGCAGCUUCUGUCUAACACAGAUCUCAUGAGGCAGUUCAUCUCAGAACACCCAGACAUGCAACAACUGAUGCAGCAGAAUCCAGAAGUCUCCCACAUCUUUGACAAUUCUGAGAUCUUAUGGCAGACUCUGGAACUGGCCAGAAACCUUGCCAUGAUUCGAGAGAUAAUGCAGAUCCAGCAACCUGAAGAGAAUCCUGAGUAUCCACUGAACCCACAGUCACAUUCGGGCUUAGAGACAAGGCCAGGUGGGGACAAUGCCCUGGGUCAGACUUAUGUGGAUUGCAAUGACCAAAUGCUCAACAGCUCACAAGAUCCCUUUGGGGACAACCCCUUCAGAGCUCUCCUGGAAGGACAAGUUUUGGAACAAGUUCAAUCCUCACCUCCAUCUCCAGCACCACCCCAGGAACGGCGGGACCAGCUCCCACAGCUCCCUACAACCCGAGUCAUCUACACUAGUUCUUGUGGUUUAUCCUCCAUCACCUCAGCCAAUGUUAGCCCUAACAGGGUGAACCAUACUCCCAGUGCCUACACCACCACUAUCUCCAGCAAGGGCCAGAGUCCUAACUGCCCCUUUCAGGAGCCAACUGGGAUACCAGCCUUACCUAGCAUAGAGCUCACCCAGCAGCCCCAGGCAGAGGAUAAAGAUGCCACCAUCCUUCUAAAUAGCUCUGACAAGAAAUUAGAGGAUGAUCUCCAGCCUUCAGAUGAGCAGACCAGCUCCCAGAUCACGGGAAGCAUGAUGCAGUUGCUUUUAAACAACCCGUACUGGGCAGCCCAGAUGAUGCUGUUCAUAAGUAUGCCCCAGCUGAAUGAACAGUGUAGGCAGCAGCUGCCCACAUUCCAGCAGCAGACACAGCUUUCUGACAUGAUUACAGCCCUAGCCAACCCCAAAGCAACACAAGCAAUAUUGCAAAUUGAGCAGGGUCUGCAACUCUUGGCCACAGAGGCUCCUUUUCUUCUAUCCUGGGUUGCACCCUACCUAUGGGGCCUGGGUUGGCUUCCUGCGCCCAGCUGCAGCUAUCCUGACACAGUGCCCUGGGCCUGGGAUGUGCCAGAUAUUGCUGAACCCAAAGAUCCUGAAUGCUGCCAUAAAUCUGGAACAGUCCUGCAGAGGCUACAGUCCUUAGCUGGAGACCCUUCCCACCACCCACAAGCCCCUGAGAUGCGUUUCAGUCAGCAGAUGGAAUCUCUACAGGCCAUGGGAUUUGGAAACCCCCAUGCCAAUCUGCAGGCACUCAUUGCUACUGAGGGGGACACCAGUGCUGCUAUUUGCAAACUCAAGAGAUCCCAAGGAUUCUAACCACCAUGCCUCUGUAUUUGCUUGUUACUUGCCUGCUGACCCAGUUGACCACAUCAUCUGCCUCUUCUACCCCUUCUGAUGCUUCCAUCCAGCAGAAGUCCUGGAAGAGAACAAACCAAACAAAGCUUUCUCCACUGAAUAACAGACCAUUGGCCAUGGGUAGAAGAUCUGUCAAUAAAAUGGCUACUCCCACAUGCCCCC